UGACACUGGUCACUGUCAAUUUUGGUUGCUUGAUUGUCAGUACUAGUACAGUGGCGUGAUAUUAUGCUGAAGUCUUGCACUUGAAAAAGAUGCUGAUACAGUCAAGCUGUGAUGGCCUUCAUUAAUCCCUCUGACUCUGAGAUGUCCAGAACACUCAAAUGUGAGAAACAUGCGUCAAGUCUUCUUAAAGGCUUCCAAAGUCUACAAGAGGAAGGACAACUGUGUGACUUGGAGCUACGUCUUGGAACAUCUCAGCUAGCUAGUGACUGUAAAAAGUAUCCUGUCCACAAAGUCCUCCUGGCAACCUCCUGUGAUUCAGUCCUGGCGCAGUUCAAGAGCUUACAGAAAGGGGGUGCUAUGCCAUGUGGGAACGUCUUGCCCAAGGUUUUGUCCACCUUCUUGGGUUACGUUUACUCGGGUACAAUCUUAGUACAUGCUGAGCUUGUCUCGGCACUAGUCUCAGUUGCCGAUGAAUUUGGAUGCAAGUUUUUCAAGAACUUGUGCAUGCAGUUGUUGAAGAGAGUAACAAGCAGAAGGGAAGGGACGGCAGUUUCCAGAGAAGAUUGGACGUUCUCUGUCAUCAAAAGGCAAGAAAUGUACCUAUUGCAGAAGCAAGACAACCUGGUAGGAAAGGACUCCUACAAGAAGGUCUCAGAAGCAUGUGAAACAACUGAAGCAAAUGGAGAAGUUGGGUUAGCUGCAGUACCAGGGAUAACUGAUAGGAGGAUAUACAUCAGGAAUGAGUACCACACUAAGGAAGUAGUGAGGAGACUACAGGAGUUCCAGUCUGAUGAGAGUAUGUGUGACGUCGUGCUAGAAACAGAUGGCGUACUGUUCUCAGCGCAUCGUGCUGUCCUGGCGACGUGUAGCGACUAUUUUCGAGCCAUGUUCACAGUUGGAAUGCGUGAGUGUGCAGAGGACCACGUGGUGCUACAUGACAUCAGUGCGGUGGGCUUGGACGCCGUGGUGAGGUACAUGUACACCGGGAAGGUACAGUUGUCUCCGGAAACCCUGGAAAUGGUGCUGGAAGUUGCACACAUUCUGCUGGUCAGCAAUGUGAUAGACCUGUGCUGUGAGUACCUCAUCCUGACCAUGUCAGCACAGAACUGCCUCCUGGCGCUACAGCUGGCCUAUCGCUACUCCCUCUCACGUGUGGAGAUCGCAGCCGACGACUUCAUCCUCAAAAACAUCCCGCAAGUUUCUCAGUCACCCCAAUUCAAGGACCUGACCUGUGAGGAGCUGUGCCUGUACCUGGAGAGUGACCGCCUGGAAGUGACCAGUGAAGUGGACGCCUUCUGUGCGGCCGCCACCUGGAUCAACCAUGACCCUGAAACUAGAGUGACCUUGGCAGGACGUGUCAUGCAUAACAUCCGCUUCCCUCUGAUGUCGCUGUCAGACUUGGUACGGGACGUCCGUGCUGUCAAGUUCAUGAGGACAGAUGUGGACUGCAGAAACUUGGUCAUGGAGGCGACAAAGUACCAUCGCUACCCUGAUGAGCAGUUUACGAUGCAGUCAUCGCGGACACAAGUACGCUCAGUGAAAUGGAUGUUAGUGAUUCUGGGUGGGAAUGUCAUGGACCAGGGGGCAAGUCGAGAGAUGUUUUACUUGGAGAAGUCGUCCCCAGAAACACCAUGGAAGGAGGAUGCUGUGUUGCCAUGGCAACAGGUGCAGGACCUUCCGUACUCUGGGAAACUGAACCACGCUGUCGCUGUCGUGGACAACUUCCUGUACUUAGCAGGAGGUUAUGACAAGAAGAUGAGACUGCACAAGUCAUUUUGUCGUUACGACCCCCGGAGCGACACGUGGACUGACCUGCGUUCGAUGCGGCACGCCAGGAGCGACUUUUGUCUGGUGGCUGUGGACAAAGUACUGUUCGCUGUGGGAGGCUGGAAUGGUGAAGAGAUAGACUUUACUGUGGAAAAGUACUGUACUAAGAAAAAUGUUUGGAAGUACACAGAAACUCUAGACUGCGGACUGACGGGCCACGCUUGCUGUUGCCACGACAACAAGAUUUACCUCAGCGGAGGACGCACAGUGGCGCGAGGGCGGAGCGGCUUCUGGCUUUACGAUCCCGAGUCUGGCGUGACCUCUCUGAACUCGCUAAGACAUGGGAGAGCCAAUCACGCAAUGGCAGAAGUUAAGGGAGGGUUCAUUGUUCUUGGAGGGGAUGAUGGGUCAAGUACUGUCCCUCAAGUGGAAGUGUAUAGUUUUGAAGGGGAGUCGUGGUCAGUUGUGACCACAUGGCCUCUUGUCCAGUGCAGGUUUGGACAUCACGUCCUGGACAGGACACUGUACAUGUGUGGUGGAUAUGACUACCGGACAUCCUCAUACACAGACAUGGUGCAGGCUCUGGACUUGGACAGAUAUGAGAUGUGGGACUGGAGGAUUGUGGGAAGGCUCCCAUACAAGUAUGAUGGGAUAGCUGCUACAUCUUUGCUGUUUCCUGAACAUUUUAAGAAGGAAAAUUUACUCAUGGCAAAAAAACUCAUGGAGUUGAAAAAAGUAUAGGACAUCUCAGUACUGUCACAUGUUUUGUUUGUGUUGAUGUGUCAUCUUAAUUGACACAAAAAAAUGCAGCGAAGUUUGUAAGGUCUAUAGCAACUACAUUGUAUACAUACUAAGUCUGGGUAGCAAAUGGGUAGUAGUUUGCUCAGAUUUUUGAUUUUCUAUAUAUUUUACUCUAUAUAUGUGGCUUCACUGGUAUUCUGCUUUGGAACUUCGACAUCACUAAUGUCUGGAAUAUUUUAUACUCAGCCCACCAGUCACAAGCCACUUGAAAUAACUGCUGUAUUCGAACAAGUGUUUGGCCGAUUGCUCUACACUCAUUAACUGAUGUCACCACCAAAAGAUUUGUAUACAGUUCCAAAGAGGGAUAUUAGAAGCAAACAUACAUGUACAACAUGUAGGAGCAAACUACUUCCCAGAUGGUCCCAAUAUAUAGACUACAUGUACAUACAGUUACUGUAGUAUCAUCAUCAUCAUCAUCAUCACUGUAGUAUAUAAAAUGUUGACUGAAAUGUAUCAUUCACAUUUCUCAGCUACACUUAAGGUCUAAACGUUCUAUAUACCUACUUGUAUAUCUACAUUUGUAUAUCACAGUAAGAGAUUUGGUUGUUCAAAUAUGUAACAUUUUUUUUGUGAGGCUAAGGAGUUGUGCAUGUGUUAGUAAUUUAGAUCCAAAAGUUCUUGUUAGGGGAUCAAUUGUUACUGUAAGUUUUAGGAACAUAUCCUUUCAUGGUAAAACGUCUGCUGUAGCUUCAGAUAGAGACGUCCAUCAGAUAGGUCCCGUGUUUGAUGUUAGCUACACUUUGAGCACGUAAAAAAAACUGAGUGGAUGAACUACAUGUAACUCUAGUUCACCUUUAUCCGCGAGGAGACCUUUAUCUGUCGUCUUUAAAAACUGCACAUUUAGGAGUAAUAAGUCUGCUGA